UUUUACAAUGAGGCGUGCUGCAGCUUUUCUGGUGUUGCUGCUCUGUCUGUACUGGACGAGGGCUCAGGGUGAGAGUGGAGGGGUGACAGGGAAUGAUAUCACUAAGACGGAGGUUCAGUCUGAGAUCCUGGGUGUCAAAGCAACCAGUGAUCAGACCAACAUCACCCCUGACAUCUGGGCUGAGCUGAAGGAGCUGAGAGACAUGGCCAUCGAACACAGUGUGGAGCUGAGGAACAGCAAGAGCAAGAUGGAGAAGCUGGAGCAGGAGAAUACAGCCAUACAGGCCAGACUCACAGCCAGUGAAAGCAAGAAUGCAGUGUUGGUGGCCAGAAUGAACGCCAAUGAAAUCGAGAUGGUGAAGCUCAAGAUAGAGAAUGAAGUUUUGAAGACCAGAAUGAAAACCAGUGAAAAUGUGAUGGAGGAGCUCAAGAGAGAGAACACAGAUCUUCAAUCAAUAGUCACAACAUUUGAAGAUAAGAGCAAAGUGUUGGAGACCAGAAUGAACGCCAGUGAAAACGAGGUGGAGGAGCUCAAGAGACACAUUCACACAGACCGACCAAAGGUGGCGUUCUCAUUUGGUCUCACUAAUGCUGGACGUAUUGGACCCUUCAAUACUGCCAUCACACUUAAGUUCAGUAAAGUCUUCACCAACUUUGGUCAGGCCUACAGUCCAAUUACAGGUCUCUUCACAGCCCCAGUCAGAGGAGCCUACUACUUCUCAUUCACUACAGUGGAUACCCGGGGUAACACCUAUAGUGCUAUUCAUCUCUAUCACAAUGACAAAAGAGUGUUGGAUAAUUAUAAUCACAGUUAUCAACAUGGCUAUAACAGACUUUCUAAUUCACUGAUUCUUCAGCUGGAAAAGGGGGAUGUGGUCUACAUGGUUUUACCUGAAGGCUAUAGUGUAUACGAUGACAGCAAUUAUCGUUCUACCUUUAACGGAUUUCUGAUUUUUCCACUGUGAGACUAAAACAUGAGAAUUUCUUUACCCCUAAAUUUUUGACAUAGUCUACAAACAAGUCAAACAGUAUUCAUAUGUAUAUGAAAGGAUGCACAUUGUUGCUGUGUUGGCUUUGCUCUGCAACAAACUACAUCUGAAAUAAAAGAUGACUAUGAAGUUAAA